AUGGAUCUUGACAGCUACACCAAAGUGGUCGGCGUAGCGUUCGGCGCUGUUGAGGCGAUGUCGGAUCGCUACUGCAUCGCGUCAGGUGGCAACACAAACGUACACGUUUCCGCAGAGGACCUGCUCACCUGCUGUCAAGAAUGCGGAUUUGGGUGCUCUGGAGGCUUUCCGAGUAGUGCCUGGGAUUACUGGACGAACGUCGGACUUGUCAGUGGUGGGCAGUGCAACAGCAAGCAAGGCUGCCGACCGUACUCCUUACCUACUUGCGACCAUCACGUAAACGGAACUAAGCCACCCUGUCCUGACAUUCUGCCGACUCCACUUUGCACGAAGGAGUGCGAGAGCGGAUUUCCCUUAUCCUACGAGCAGGAUCUUCAUUUCGGUGCGUCUUCGUACAGCGUCAGUAGCGAGGUGACACAGAUUCAAACUGAGAUCAUGACUAGGCCAGUGGAGGCAGCCUUUAGUGUCUACGCGACUUCCUUAGCUACAAUACUGCGUGUUUACCAACACGUAACCGGAGAGGAACUCGGAGGCCACGCCAUUAAGAUCCUGGGCUGGGGUGUCGAGGGUGGCACGCCCUAUUGGCUGGUUGCUAAUUCGUGGAACUCUGACUGGGGCGAUCAAGGAUUCUUCAAGAUAUUGCGGGGAAAGGAUGAAUGCGGUAUUGAGAGCGAGAUUUCCGCUGGAGUUCCGCUGUCAUAAUAAGCUUGGCAACAAAAGGAUGUAUGUAAACCGCUGUAAUAGAUGUUAAAAAGAUCAGUCUGAAAUCCAAAUAAAUAUGAAUCAUAUCAAAAGAGAUUCAAUCAGAGAGUAAACGGUUACGCAUUAAAGAACAUGUGACGUAAAACUAAUAAUGUCAUAGCUCUAUGUACUGCACUUAAUGUUAUGGAGUGUAGUCAAUUUGAUUCAAAUUGAGUUUAAAAUCACGCUUAAAUAAUAUAAAUGUAUUUUCAAAGGCACAUGAAAAAAUACAAGAAACCUGUAUGAAA